AACAAAGGGUUUCCACAUGUCGGAGCCAUCAGCAUUGCAUAAGAGGGCAACCGUGAGGCGAUCCUUACACCCGCGACCACCAGAAAGUGUCUCGGCGACAUAGGUUCGGCGCGAGAGGUGCGCUAGAAAGAGUGUGGUCUCGUCAAAGUUGUAGCAGUCCCACGGCGCAACCCCAAGUAGUAGGAGCAAGAUCGGAAGCACGACGCGGCAGUGGUUCACGGUGUCCAUGUCGGCAGAUUCGGCUUCGCCUUUGCGUGUGAGGCACCGUAACUUGCCCAUUCGACCAAGGGCACGCGUAAUCCAACCGUAGGAGGCGCGAAAUUCUGGAUAGCUGUUAGCUCUCUCCGCCAUUACACUCGCCUUAUGUAAAAUGUUUUCCAUUGGAAGGUUCUCGUGGGACAGAUGCACCGACGCAGAUACACCGCGCAAGCGCCCACGAUCCGCGAACCCUGAAACGCUCGAUCUGCAACCACCAUCCCCUUCCCCCAGCAUCCCCUCCCCCAGCAUCCCCUCCCCCAGCAUCCCCUCGCCCAGCAUCCCCUUCCCCAGCAACCCCUCCCCCAGCAUCCCCUCCCCCAGCAUCCCCUCCCCCAGCAUCCUCUCCCCCAGCAUCCCCUCCCCCAGCAUCCCCUCCCCCAGCAUCCCCUCCCCCAGCAUCCCCUCCCCCAUCAUCCCCUCCCCCAGCAUCCCCUCCCCCAGCAUCCCCUCCCCCAGCAUCCCCUUCCCCAGCAUCCCCUCCCCCAGCAUCCCUCCGCCCAUCAUCCCCCCGCCCCUCACCCCCCCGCCCGACAUCCCCUCGUCCGACAUCCCCUCGCCCGACAUCCCCUCGCCCGACAUCCCCUUGCCCGGCAUCCCCUCCCCCGGCAUCCCCUCCCCCGACAUCCCCUUCCCCCGCAUCCCCUUCCCCAGCAUCCCCUCCCCCAGCAUCCCCUCCCCCAGCAUCCCCUCCCCCAGCAUCCCUUCCCCCAGCAUCCCCUCGCCCGUCAUCCCCUCGCCCGACAUCCCCUCGCCCGACAUCCCCUCGCCCGGCAUCCCCUCCCCCGGCAUCCCCUCCCCCGACAUCCCCUUCCCCCGCAUCCCCUUCCCCAGCAUCCCCUCCCCCAGCAUCCCCUUCCCCAGCAUCCCCUCUUCCAGCAUCCCCUCCCCCAGGGGCUUACUCAAACGACAACUCUCUCCCUCCAUGGCAGCCCCCCUGCCUCCCAGCCUCUCUGCAUGCCUCUUCUACCUCUGUUUCACUUUCGCAGGUUGCUCAUUCACCACGCCCUAGCGCCAGCAACAUACCUCUCACCUGGACUCAUGCUUCUCGAGACGAGCACAUGAAAUGGGUAGCCUGCUGGUUGCUUUUGUGACUGCACCAGUAGGGCAGCAAGUAAGCUACAUGCAGAUGCAUAGAAUAUCCAGGGGAACGGUAAAGUUUAUUUGACUUGCCUUGAUCCUGCCACGGUAUUAUCUCCAGAUUUGAAUCCAUC